AUGUCAACUAGCGAUCUCCUGACGGAUGCAUAUCACAGCUCCGAGUCGUCGGCUAAGGCUCUCUCUUUCACUCUCACCGAUGCGCACUGUGUCAAGUGCAGGAAAGCGCUAAAGGCAUCAAUAGCUCCCUUCGCUGCCUCCUCGUUCCAAGCAAGCAGAGCAGCCAUGAUGGACGAUGACCUAACGCCUGGCUUGGCAGACUUAGACUUCACUGCAGUGUCGGCUGUAUGUAGCCCGACGUUCCUCCAGCGCGAGUUUUUUGAGGCUUCCAUCACCUCCGAAAGCGCCGGCGGCAGCAGCGCCUUACUUCAGUCAGUGGUGAACCGCCGCGACAUAUCUCUUGCUGACAUCUCCCGAAUGAGAUUGGAAGGCUGCCGUGCGCGGCACACAUCCUUUACCGCUACCGCGUCACUACGCGGCAGCACAGCCUCCUCGCUGCGGUCCACCUCGGCCUUACCCAUAAAUUCACUGACGUGCCGCAUGCGUGAUCAAGCAGGGAUCUUCAGCAAAACGACCUCGGCAGCCACACCGGUAGCGUCACAAGCGCCUGCCUGCUCGCCCUUUAUUGGACUUGGCGGCUCAAUCUACCGCCGCCCCAGCCUGUCAUCUGCGCGAACAAGCGCACUGGAUACAUCGGCUGCCAUUCUUCAGCACAUGGCGUACGACACAGCGGCUCAUGUCGAGGCCGUGUGCAAUGCUCCGUCUCUCGCUGGUACUCCGUCCACUACCACCUCCGCUUGUGACUCCGUCGCGCCGCCCCCGCUGCAGCCAACGCCUCAUCAUCUAGUGCAUACCGAUGUCAGUGCCCAUGGCGGAAAGGUGGUUGAAUGUAGUAAUUCAAUUCCUCUAGGGGACAGCUGUAACGGCAGCGACCAGCACACGUCGCUGCUGCAGGUAACGCAUACCCGACCGUACGCUAGCGCUGCGAACUCUCCCUCUCCGCUGAACUCGUUCUCUGAGUUGGAACUGCGCAACGGGCAGCUGAGCGCUGGCGAUUUUUUACGUUUGUCUGCACAAACCUCAGCCACUUGUCUUGCUAGCGAUGCCGUAGUUGCCAAAGCGGUAUCGGACUCGCAGCACAGCUCAUCGCUUCCUCGCCUGGGUGGACCUCUGUCCGCCACACGGCGACAGGCGCAUGACACAAGGGACCAUCCCACACCGUAUCCCUCAGAGGCGGCAGCAGCACUGCUCGAGGUCAUUCCAACAUCGACCGCCGCUGCCGCCACCAUGGAGAUGGCCCGGCGGACUUCACCGCGCCAGACGCGCGACGUCAGCGUCUACAACCACGACUUUCAGCAUAUUGUCCCUCCGGAAGUAAAGCAGGCACUCCAGCGCAACAUGUGCCCCAUCUGCGAGGACGACGAGGACGACGACGCCCUGCUGCAUGACGGACUGAAUGUGCAGAGACCACCGCCGCUGACAUCCUUCGCGAAUGGGACGCACACCAUGCAUGAGGAUCACUACAGUUUGGACACGCCGUCCCUUUACGUGUACACUCGUGGUGUCGCCAGCAGAGGUAGCGGUGCCGGUACGACGAUCAGCUUCCCUUCGGGUUCGCCUCGCGCACCCAGUCAACUGUCCACUUCACCAAGCGCACCGGCGCUCUCAGCAGCCGCAUCCUCGAUAGGCGCCUGGCACGCAGGUGGCACUGGCGGUGGUAAGUCGAUUCACCAAAUUGGUAGUGGCUCGGCAGAGACAAUGAUGGCUGGCCUGAGUAUCAGCGGCACCGGAGUACCCUUCCAGACAUGGAAGUUUCCGAGCCUGGGCAAGCCGAGCUCCACAUCCUCGCUGCGCAAAACAUCGCUUGGAGAGCACGGAAACGCAGAGGCGUUGCUAGGAAGCGCGGUAGGGGGUGCGGGUCCGGCGCGCCAAUUAGCUGCGCCAUUCUCUGAGCACAGCAGCUACCCCACUCGCGCGUCCCUCACGUCAGGAUCGCGGCAGCAGCAAUGUAGUGAGUAUCCUCUGCUCAACCAUAACGAACUCCAGGCCACCAGCAGGGGCAGCACCCUAACCACGGUAGCGACGCCGUACUCUCCCGUGGCGGCCAUUCCCCAGUCUGGCGCUGACGACGUUGGUCAUUGUGCGACAUCACUGUUGUCUGGUGUGGGCUGUACGCAUCAAACGGCCUCAGGUGCGCGUGGCAACUCGAUCCACUGCACCAGCGGUGCAAGUAGGGGCCUCACGCAACGCGCUGUUGCUGCGGACUCGUCAUCCGGUACGGUCGGUUGCUCAAGUGUCGCCGCUGACGGUGGCAAUACCCAUAAGCUGGAGAUGGUGUGCACAGCCUACGAGCGUCUACUGCGCGCACGGCUUCCCGCCAACAGCGUCGCUGCGGCCUUCCCGAAGACUCUGCAGACGCUGAUCUCACGAAAUCUGACCGAGACAGUGAUGCCGCCACUGCACCCCUCCCCGUCGGCGCACUCCGCCCCGCAAGCGCCGCAAGUUGCUGCCACCACUCCGGUAGCAGCCGUCGUUGGCUUCGAGUCGGCCAGCCAGGGCGACGUCUCUCCAUCGAUGUCCUACUCCGGCACUUUGGGCCGCUCGGCGGGUUACUACAGCUUUGGCAAGCGCAUCAGUCUCAGUCACCCGAACAGGCAGACGCUGCCACACCAAUUCCUCGGCAGUACAUCAAACUCACACACGGUACCGUCGUCGCCGCGCAUGGCGAUGAUGAGCAUUUCCGCAGUGGCAGACUUGAUCGUGGCUUCGAGCGGUAAAAUCAGUGGCCCAAACAUGACGUCUUCCUCCACUGCGCGCAUGCAGCGAGGCACUUUGGAUUUGUCGCUGCUGCGCCGCACCGAGUCCCGUCCGCUGCUGCAAUUGACGCUGUUCUUGCAAAGUACUCUGCGCUCCAUCUGUGAGGCACAGUCUCGGCACACGCGGACGGAGAGAGAGGAAGGCGUGGGUCGUGCGAGAGGGAGCACCUCCACCAGCUUGUCAACGCUAACGGCAGCCGCAGUGAAUGUGCUACCCACGGCGGAAUCUGCGAUGGAUGAGUACCUGCACCAGUAUACCUUUCCAGAAGAUGCGUUGAGCACGGCUGGUGCGCCGUCGCCGGCGAGGGUAGCCGACGUCCAAACAUGCGAAGGAGAAGCGAGAGCAAGCCAGAUGCAGAUGACAGGCUUCAUGGCGAUCGCCGAAACCGCUUCGUCCAUGACUCUUGCUUCCGCGGUCACUACGGCGGGCGCAGUGUCCCCCGCCCGAGAGUCGAACAGGACGAACAACAGCAGCACUCACGUCCCGUCAUCGGACUCUAUAUUGCAGUCUCCCUGUUUGUUCUCAACGGGAAAGCGAGCCAACGUCUCGAGUCUGCCCGUCAACUGUACCCAGGACGAGCAGAACGAGCAGAAGCAGCUGACGCAGCUCCCCAAGCAGACCGAGAUGUGCAUAGACCCCACCGCCGACGCUGCUGCUGCUGCUGCUGCUGCUGUAAUGAAGAGCUACGUGACUCUCAACAACAGUCCUACUGCUGCUGCCGACGUUUCUGCGGCACAGGAAAGGAACGGAGGCCCGCCUUAUCGGUACUACCGUGCCCUCACGGAGGCGGAGCGCCUCGUGCGUCACGUUCACUGCGUCGAUGGGGUAGAACGGGAGGUGGACAACGACUCUAUGGACUUGGUUGUGUAUGUUGGCAUGCACCUGAUGGGUUGGUUGGAGGUGGUGGGAUUACUUGGCUGCGGCAGCUUUGGUCAAGUAUUCCUCUGCAAGGACUUGCGCAUCUGCGACGGCCAUUUUGUUCAUCCAAACGAGAUUGAGGGCGAGGACUACGAGUACUGGAACUGCUCCCACGCCUACCUCCCCUUCAGCAGCGUCGACGCCGUGCCGACACAUCGACCGCUUGUCGCCGUGAAGGUGGUUAAAAGCGUGCCACUGCUGGAGCAGCAAUCCGUUCUGGAGGCGGAGAUGCUUGUGCUCAUCGGCGCGCAGACUGCGCCACCCUCAGCGCGCGCAGCAGAGGGAGCCAGUGAGUCAGCCACACCGACAUCAGCAACUGCGGCAGGUGAUUACAAUGGCGCCAAUUCACCGCCGCCAGAGGACCUGCGCUGCGCCAACAUUGCAAAGGUGCUCGCCGACGGCAUCUGUUAUGGUCAUCACUGCAUUGUGAUGGAGAGGUACGGCGCGAACCUCUACGAGUACAUCGCUGCGAAUGACCAUCAAGGGCUCCCCAUGUACCAAAUCCGCGCUAUCGGUGCACAACUUUUCUCCGCUCUCUCGCUCGUGCACGAGGAGUGCCACAUUAUUCACGCUGACAUCAAGCCAGAAAAUGUGCUCCUGGCGCUUGACUUUUGCAGAACCACACUGCGUGUGAAGGAUGAACCCUUGCCCAGAACAGUUGCCGUGCAAACUACGAAAGCCCCUGCUGGGACUGCGAGCAACAGCAACUCCAGCACCAUCCCAGUCACGACCAAGACCCUGCAUAGCGUUCCACCGCAGACGACGUCUGCCAGAGUGGUGCAUGGCUCUCAGCGCGGUACGUCGCCGAAUGAAGAACCGCCGUGGCACCAGCAGCGCACCGAGUCUAUGAUGCCGUCGUCUUCGACGCCGGCAGAGCGCUCUUACAUCACACUGCGAGUGGGUCCUGGCGCGGUUGCUCGUCAGCGUCUCGGCCUGAACGGAAAGCGCCAAAGCUCGAACGUCCUCCUGGACGCCUCUUUCUCCGAAGCGGCGGUUGCAAAGGACAAAGGUCACGGCUUUUGCCACCUCCGCUCCUUCUCGACCAGCCACGCUACCAUCGUGGAGCACACGGACCUGCCGACUCCCGAGCCGCGCCGCCUUCAGGCGCUCAAUCAGUCGUGCGGGAUGCUCUCCAGCGGCACGCUCUUGCAAAGCCUCGGCAGUGGUAGUGUCAGCACCCACAGCCGGUUCACGAUGCAGGCGCCUGCUGCGCCCGUAGAGGAAGCGCCAGCGGUGCCAGCGGCAUCGGCCACCUCGCACCUGCAUGUUCGACUCAUCGAUUUCAGCUCCAGCUGCUAUGACGGUGGCCCGUUUUACCAGUACAUCCAGUCCCGCUACUAUCGUGCGCCCGAGGUCAUUGUAGGGGCGUCGUACAACUCUGCCAUCGACAUAUGGUCAACUGGCUGCUUGCUUGCGGAGCUGCUGCUGGGCAUGCCGCUGCUUCCCGGCUGCAACGAUCACCACCAGCUUUCGCUCAUUGAGGAGAUGGUUGAUCUGCUGCCCGACUCCAUGGUAGAGAGCGGCGAUAACGCCGGCUUGUUUUACACCGCAGCAGCGACAGCUGGCGAUGGCAGCGCCGAUACUGUGCUGCGGCAGCCUCGAUCGUUUGUGUUGCGCACGCGGGAGAACUACCUGCAGAUCAGUGGCGGUGAACUGUUGCCGUACAACCGCUAUUUCACCUACCAAACCCUGCAGGAGCUGGUGCGACAUUGCCCUUUAACGCUCGAGGAGCGCCGCAUGAGCAACGGACUGCAGCCGUACGUGUCGGCCAACAAGUCCUCGGCGAUUCCCCCUGAUGCGACGCCGCUGCCGUCGGUGCGGUCUGACAUGAUGAAGCAGCGCUUUUUGCUCUUUGAUUUGCUGAAACGUCUCCUUCAGACGGACCCGACACUGCGCCCCACCGCGGCACUGGCGCUGAAGCACCCGUCU